CUCCUGGCUUGGACCUGCUUAACCUAUCUGGGCCUCCUUCCCUUUCGUUUCUGUCAUAUUUCACCAUUAGCUGAAUUUUUCUUUUGUCAUCCUCAGGUGAACACCUCCGAACUGGAGUAUCACAUCUCCAAACUCGUCGCGUUGUCUGUUGCUGAGGUCCUUGGCAUCAAUCUUUUUCCUUGUCCAAUUCGUUUUGUGUAA